UUUGCGAGUUGCAACAUCUGGUAAUUUCACAUGGCAACGCUGGGCACUUGGUGGAAGGGAAGCACUGCUGUGGAUAUCGUUAAGCACUGCACAUCUGCCUCUUCGACACUUGUGGUUCACCUUUGCAAGAUUUGCUGCCUGCAAUAUGGCCACUCGAUGGGGCAUCAUCAGCGCCGGGAUAAUAUCUACUGACUUCGUGUCAGCGAUGCAAGUCCUGCCGAAGGAGGAGCAUCAAGUGGUGGCCGUGGCAGCGCGCUCCCUGCAGGACGCCAGAAACUUCGCUACUAAGUUUGGCAUCGAGAGUGCUUAUGGAUCGUACAGCGAGGUGGCCAAGGAUCCCAAAGUGGACGUGGUGUAUAUCGGCACCAUCCAGACCUACCACCUGCCUGUGGCCACCGAGAUGAUGAAGGCUGGAAAGGCCGUGCUGUGUGAGAAACCGUUGUGUAUGAACGUGAGGGAGACCAGGCAGCUGAUACAGACGGCACAGGAGUGUGGCGUCUUCUUCAUGGAGGCUGUCUGGUCCAGGUUCUUCCCGGCCUACAAGGAAUUGUCUCGCCGGCUGAAGGACGGAGAGAUCGGAGAGGUGGUGCAAGUCAUUGCGUCUUUUGGCCAGGAUUUGCCUCAUGUGGAAAGACUGAAGCGGCCGGAGACUGGCGGCGGUGUGACAUUGGACAUUGGCAUCUACCCGGUGCAGCUGACCACUCUGGCGAUGGGCGGAGACAAGCCCCUCAAGGUGUUCGCAGGGGGGCAUCUGAACAAAAAUGGCGUGGAUGAGACCAUCAGCGCCUCCCUCGUGUACUCCGACGGCCGAGUGGCUUCCGUCUCUGCGUCCAUGAGAGCCAACCUGCCAUCCGAGGCGUUCAUCGUCGGCACUAAGGGCACCAUAAAGGUUCACUACCCUAUGUGGUCCCCGGAGGUCAUCGAGGGUCCGUGGGGCAAAUCAACACAUCCGCUACCAAAAAAUUCCUUCAAAUUCAACUUAAUAAACAGCGGGGGAUUGAUGUACCAGGCGGUGGAGGUGCGCAGGUGCCUCAAAGAAGGUCUAUUGGAGAGUCCCGGAAUGUCUCACGCAGAGUCCAUCACACUGGCGGAGGUCAUGGAGCAAAUCCGGACCCAGGUGGGGACUGUCUAUCCUCAGGACUCUAUGUAAACAAUGUAGUGACUGCCCGCCAGCGCCACUGAGGGCAGGCGACACUCCAGGCUGAGUUACGGAAACUAUCCUUCUAUGUUUUGUGACCUGCCAAUGAAAAUAAAGAGAAUAUUCCAC